UAAAACAGCAAUAUCUAGAAUAUUUCAUUACCUGAGAAAUAAUAAUUUUCCCAGUAGCAAAUACAUUGAAUUAUAUGAUUUCCGCUAAGUUUAUUAUUUGAAACAAGAUAACUACAUGAUGUCAGCUGUUGUCAGCCUUUGCAAAGAGUGCCCGCCCGCGGACGACGGCAUGGAGAGGUUCGCCUGCCCCACGCCCGACCGCAUGGGCCGCUACCGCUGCAUCGACGACCACGUGCUGUGCGACGGCUUCAUCGACUGCCCCGCCGCCGAGGACGAGGACCGGCAGGCCUGCAUGUUCUACAAGACGACGAAAGCGCACCUCGACGUCUUGGCGGACGCGCUGCUGCGGUGGGCAAGAGGACGCUAACGUCGCAACAAUCAAGACAAAACAUGUGUAUCAUCAUAUAUUAUAUCUCUAUUUUUUAUUUCGUCUACUGUUGUACCUCGUUCACAACUACCACAAAAAAGGAGAAGGGGGAAAAAAAAACGUUCUCAGACAAGAGCACGCAAGUGUGUGGUGUCGUAUCAUCUUCUCUCCUCCUUCGACUUAUUUUUUUGCCUACUGCAUGGUGCCUGAAUUAAAAUAUAUAUAUAUAUUAAGAUAGUGAAUGGCCUCGGCAUGAGUGUGACACUUAUUGUCUUUUUUUUCACGGAAAUUAAAUUAAAAAAUCACCCUUAACACACCACACAUCCACAACAUUUGAAUUCUGAACUCCCAAUAGCUUCAAUUCUGAUCAGGGAUGGUAGUCUCAUUCAAAUAGAAUGCUUCAGUUUUAUUAUUCUCAAAAAUACCUUGCUCAUCGUUUUAAAAAAAAAAGUAAUUCUUAAAUUACCGUUAAUUCAAAAAACUUCCACUAUAAAAAUGUACUUAAAUGUUUUGAUUUUUAAAUGAGUACACUACUAAACAAACUAUUUAAUAAUAUAUUUUAAAUGUAACAUUUAUGCGCGUGUCAAGAUUCCUGAAGUACUGAUUCCUGACAUGAAACUACCAUCUCUUUAUGUUUUCUCCUUAAAGGUGUUAGUAUCCUUACCUUCAUGGUUUUCUCACUGUCAGCUGUGCGCAGGUGAUACCUAAAGGUUAGUUUACGAUUGAGUUGAUAAGAUUUAAAAAUAAAAGUUAUUCCUUUCCUUAAAAUAUGACACUAGGUUUAUUACUCACAAUAGACCCUUACAUUACUUGUAUACACAGAAUCAUAUUUUGAGGACCGGACUAAUUUACUGUUAAUUCUUAAGUACUUAAUCGUAAACUAGCCUUAGCCCAAAGCAAGCUGAGAAUAAUCGGCGUCAGGCGCUGGGCAUAAAGUAUCCUGAGAUACAUGUCAGCUACACAAAACUAUACAUAAGGAGAACUUUGUAUCAGUGAGUACAGCACGCUUGUAACACGGCUCAUCAAAGAAAAUAAAACUAUUUUUAACAUCUGUACAUUUUCUUAAGGUAGGCAAUAAAAGGGUAUUUAUAACGCGUGGGAAAGCAAAAUAAAACUGUGAUGUAUUCAUACUUCUUUUAGAGACGCUCAAUUUUUUUUAUAUAAAACUAAGUAUUAUUUUAGAGCUGUUGAAUAAGCAUCAAACAUUCCAUUUCGUUUUGAUUUCUUUUGGGGUGAAAUCCAAUCUCAUAUUGGUUCUAAAAUUUAAGUAAUUUGGUAUGGUUUGUAAUUAAUUGUGUUGUGUACAGGGACAUGUAAUGUAUGUUAUUUAAAUUUUGUUGUUAAGAAUACGUAACGCUUUACGCGCUGUCGGGCGGCAACUUCGCACCACUGUCUCAAUUCGUUAAUUCAAUUUUAACAUCGAAUAAUUGGAUUUUUUUAAUGGCGUGGAUUCCUACGAAAAUGCAAAGAAACGUCAUUAAAACUAAAAGAGAAUUUAAGGGGAAACAUUUUUGGUAAAUAUUUAAAUUUUUAACUCUCAAUUGAGUAUUCGAAUGAAAAGUAAAUAAAAAAUAAACGAGGGAAACAUCAUAAUUCAUAAAGAUCUCUUCUUAGCAAAUACGAAAAAUAAAAUAGUUAGUAACCCUACACGUACUGAGAAAAAAAAACAGAUAUUUUAAAACAAAUAAGAUUUUUUGAAGUGAGGAAACGUGUUUUAAAUCGAAGAGGGAAGCGAUUGCUGUAGAUUUCAUUACUCGCAGACAGAAAACGAAAAAAAAAAAAAAAAUACCAGAGUGUGUGCAACGAAUUCAGCAGACUUAUUACCAUCGCCAAUUAGUCUGGUGAAUUCCCUUAAGGCAUGGAAGUUAGUUGAAGGUAGUUAAUUAACUUUAGGAGUUUUUACAGGAAGGUAAGAGAGAGAGUGGUGUUUUCCACCGGAGUCUCGAGAGGAAUAGAUGCGACAAGUGCUGAUGAAACAAAGGCAAGUGAAUGCCAAAACCCUCUUCCAGCUAGAAAGCAUUACAAGACUAACAUGUAAAUGAAGUGAGUUCACCACGGGGAUUCGAAUAACGAACCUUAUACUUCAGGACGCUUCGAGGUUGCGCGUAGGCAAAAUUAGACUUAACACUUGAAUCAGUGGUUUUUUUUUUUUUUUAACAAUGAAUGUUUUAGUGGCAGGCUUGGGUGUCCGUGUCCAAGUUGGAAUCAAUCCCGCGUACGGGGGCCGCUUUUCUGACAUUUUAUCCUAACGUUGUUUUUAGUUUCGAUAAUAAUGAAAAAUAAAUUCUGGGGAAUGUACGGGAAACCAGUUUCUUUGAAAGGAAAAAAAAAAAGAUUAUUUUAUUAGCGUGGGAGGCAAGCUGGAUUUCUCACGCGAGUACGUGAGAAAGGUUGGCCUCGCUCAGGAAAUCCCGCUCGCGCGAUCAGUGCAGAUGAGAGAGAGAGAGAGACGGGAGCAGGUUCAGCAGACUCGCACCUCCGGAGCCGUGGUGGAGGGCGACUUGGGCUCUUGCGCUGAGCCUCGGCGAGACCCCCAAGUGGCCCGCCGCGGUCCUCCUCAGCCCUAAGACUCGCCCUGCGGUUUGAGCCCUUUGCCGGCGGCCGGUCCACGCGCCGCUUCUCUGCGCAGACCAGAGACAAACCACUCGUCAGAGCACCGCCACAGGUGCCGCGCUCAGGUCGUGCGGUGAACCAGGAGAAACUCCGACAUUCAUUGCAGGCUCGCGCGUCGCAAAAAUUCCUCCGCUGUUCAGUUCCAUCCAUCAUUUUGUUUCCCCCUUCAACUACAUCAGUUAAAUAACCCCCCUUAUUUUUUUUUUUUUUUCCUCUUUCGACAGGUGACUAUCAGAAAGUCCCACACGUUAUGCAGACUUGCGUUGCUUUUUAAAUGUCCACAUGUCUGUUUUGGUUAACCUCGCUCACUGCAGUGAUGACAUCUAGUGAGUGUUUUCUGUCAAGUCUUGAUUGCAUGGCGUGGUCUUUGAGGCUUAUUAACGAGCAAUUCAUUUUAAAUGAACAGCCAAUUUUAUGUAUUGAUUUACCUGACCGCUGUGCUUGCGAUCCUCGAACAAACGAAUUAUUAAUAACUGGUGACAGAGGUUAGGGUUUUUGUAGAGUACGAUUUUUCUAACUAACUUUGUCAGUCAACGUCACGCCAUCAAUUCCUGCAUUCGGCCCGAAUGUUAACGGGAAAUGACGAACUUUCUGUUACGAGGCAUUGUGAAAUAAAUUUUGAGUAGCUUGAAAAUUAUUUUUGAUAUGCUUUUAUAAAACAAAGGUUUGAAUUUAAUGAAUUCCACCAAAUUCACGAUCAAAUAUGAGAUACAAUCCAAGGCUCAAAUCGCAGGGAUAACUUCCAUCCCAAACAUUCAUCAACAUCCAGUUUCCUUUGAAUGUGCCACAUUAGCUAGGAAAUCAAUAUUUUCAACAAAAAAAAGUGUUCGAUGGAUAUAAAUUACGCAAAUAAACUCAUCGCUCCACGGUUUGUUUUUCGCCCUUUUCGCGUACUAAAAAAAAAAAAGACUAAACACAAGUAAUUUGUUAAACGUUUCGUAACAUCACGCAUCUCUCAAAUCAUGCCGGACGUUGGACAAGCGGAGAGGCUUACGACAUAGGUUUUGUAAUAUCGUAGUGUAUAGCUUCAAUUUGUGCAAAAUAAAUAUUAUGUGUAAGUAGUGUUAUGUGUUAAAGAUUAUAUAUAUCUAUAUAUGUGUCGUGUCAUUCUCAAGUGUAUACAAUAUUAUCCGUUUAUUGGUAGGUGUUUGUAUGCAGUAUGCGUCGUCGCUUGAUCCGAAACAAGGUCCCGAAGCUCUCGUGCAAACGCGAAAGAAGAAAUAUUAGCCUGCAUCCUCCCCCACGCUUAAACGUGAAUUUAAUGAACUCGUCGUCGUGCUGUAGUGGUAGCUGGGCCCCGAGCGGGCCGUUUCGUUCGUAGCCUCUCCGCUGUGCGGCGCUGACAGCCGCGCGCGCGUCCCCUGGUGGCUGGGGGGACGGAGGGCGGGCGGAGGUGCCGCGGGGAUGUCCUCGAGUUGGGGGCAGGCGUCGUCGUCUUCCCCCCCCCCAAACUGAGCCACGGGGCCAUUCCGCGCGGGGCGCUCCGACCUGCCUAACCGCGUGCUGGCAGCCCCUUUUGGCGGGAUGUCACUCAGUCAUCACGUGCAUGUUUGUCUCGCGGGGGCAACCCUUGGUUCCUUGGGCCAGCCGACGUCUGACGAGUUGGUAGUUAGGUGAGAAUCGGCAAAGUGCUUGUGCCAUAUCACUUUUCUGGUCCGAUAACCUGAAGUCCGCUACGAUGUACUCAGUUUCUGGUGCCAUGACCUAUCACGCGCGUGUUUAUCUCGUGGCGGCAAUCCUUGGUUCCUUGAGCCAGCCGACGUCCGACAAGUUGGUAGUUAAGUUUGAACUGGCAAAGUGUUUGUGCCAUAUCAAUUUUCUGGGUCCGAUAAACUGAAGUCCGCUACGAUGUAGGUACUGAGAUAUUUGGGCACACCCGUCGGGCGCUGACUAGCUAAUUUGAGCCAGCCUUCUGGGGCUUCAAGACGGUUUCAUACACGGCGGCGUAUCGGUCCACUCUUUAUACGUAACUCAAGCCAUGGGCACUCUUGAGAGCAAGAGAUUUUUUUUUCUGUGUUCGAAGUCAGGAGACGAUAGAGAGCGUAUAUCAUGCCCUUCCUCGAGCACUUGUUGUUUCAUGUCAAUUGCAAGAUUAAAAAUUAUCAGAUUCUCUCCCUGCGCCCCGAGCAUUUUAAUCUCAAAUCAAAAGUGGUACAACCACCCUUCCCCUUCUUCCAACCAUCCCUGCGCCACCCCAAUAAUCAACCGCCAAUAUUAUUCUUACCUCCUAAUAAUCCUACCUCUUCCAUACACAAUAAGAUAAAACAUAUAAAAAACUAUUAUUAAUUGUGAAAAACAAUGAGAGACUUAGUGGAAAAUAUUUUCGAGCUCACGCUAUUGACGAGAGAUCCAACGAGUUGAAAUAUAUUUGGGGAUAAAAUUGAUAAAAAAAAAACCGAGCUUAUACUUGCAUGAUGACCUCCCGAAAUUGCUUGAUACAAACUGCCAAUGCUUGCUCUUCCCGUCCACAUACUCCAGAGACUUUACUCCAACUUGAAAUGUAGGAACCUUCGUUAAACGGUGCAAGUUGAGAAGGUGAAAUAUAAUAAACGACGGGUUAUUCAUGGUGCGGCUAGUAAGUUAUUAUUUGUACCCACGGUUGCGCUGAUAGUCAAUUAUAAGGAGUUAAGUUGAAUAAGUUGAGACAUCUGCGCCAGGACUGGCAUAGCCUACUCCUCGAACUGGCGCAUCAGGAAAGUGGCGUGGCUACAACCACGUAUAGGUCGCGUGAAGCGGAAGGGCGAUUCUUUUUUUUUUUCUGUUUCGUGUCGGGGAAAAGCUGGCUGACGAUCUCUCUCUGCCCGUCGCGAUCAAAGAGGAGGCUACUGCCCCGCCCACUCGCGUGUCCGUCAGGAGCGCGCGCGAAGACGGAGAGACUCGUGGUGCGAAGUGGUCGCGUCGCGCUGGUAGGGCAGGAGGGAUCUCCCCCCGCUCUCGGCCGUCGGCCCGUCGCUGGAGCUGGAGCCUCCAGCAUAGGGUGGCGUACACAUCAUUGGAGAACAGGGAGAAAACCGUUCCCCUUUGAGAAAUGUGUCCACCAGGUCUGUCACAGUCAUUUUUUUUUUUUUCCAAUUCUGUUGCUUCAAAUUUCUACAGCACUUCCAAUGAUCUAUAAGUGAAUUGAUCAGUUUAAGUAUGACUUUUUUGUUAGUCGGUGAUAAAUCACUGGGAAAAAAAUUUUUUUUGAAAAUAACCUUUGGGUAACGCAAUAAAUUAUUUCAAUGAUCAUCAUCACAAAAAAAAAAUCUGCAAUUCAAUCUGGUUAAAACUGUAAUCUUUUACUUUUUUAUGUCGUGCACAAUUUCAUCUGUACUAAUGUGCAUUUGUAGAUGAUUUUGAAAUUGACACGUGUAAAAAAAAAUUAUUCUAACUAUGAAUUGACACGUAUUUUGUGACCUUGUCUCGCGCAACACUAUUUUACGGACAAUUUAUUUUUAGUAUUUGAGAGUAAUGCUGAUUUUUUUAAAAUUUAUCUUAAGAGAGAUUUAAUCAAGCCUCUAGAAAUUAUGUGUUUACUAUUGACAUAAAACAUGUGAUAUUAAAACAAGGCUCCCUAGUGUAAAUAAUUUAAAUAAUUUAUGUGAGUAAUGUAUUUAUUUUUUUCAUUCAAAAUAUUUCUCUUAUUACCUUAUGAUCCCUUCUCGUUCACUAUAACAGUACAAUGUUAAUAAAUUAAAGAACUUUUUUAUUUUAUUACUUUUGUGUCGAUAUUAAGAGACAAACUUAACAUAAUAAUGUUUAUACACAUUAUGCUCAGUAAAAAUUUGUCAUAAACAAUUCAGCAAUAAUAAUCACAGUACAAUUAUUAAGAAUCGUUGUAUCAGGCUUCUGUGUUGAAAGCACAAAAA